AACCAAUUAUAUUCAUUAGUAAGGGAGAAAACAGGAGAGCAUUGCAAUGGAUUUCGGAUCCUCCCACAUUUUCACCGAUGUUGGAUCCGACUCGGAAGAGAUAACGGCUGCUGAUCUCCAAGCACAAUAUGGCAUAUACCAACCCUUGGGAUCAACAAUGUCAGGUCUUGCCGUCACCCAGGCAGAUGUGCUUUAUGAUAACUUUCUUGGAGAUACAAAAGGAGAAGGACGUGGAGGUGCAGAACCAAUUUACGAUAACCGAAGUACCCAGAAGGCAUCAACGAAAAGCAGCGAUUACGCCAAACCGUAUGAUUACUUAAAGAGACAGAGUCAUCCUUAUGAAUAUGCUGGUCCCGGCUCAUUUAGGGGAAAUGCCCCUCCUCCUCUCCCUCCGAUGAGGAAAAAGGAAGGGGAGGUUGACCCCAUGGAUGACCCCACUUACGCAGCAUUCCAAGAGGGACAGUAUCAAGAACUUCUGAGAAAAGGCUCAUCCAAGAUUCGUCGAGCUGAUACUAACAUUGUCGCCGUCAAGUUUGAUAAGCUUGUACAGGCCGAGAACACAAUGACGGGGUCACCGGUCUUUUGUUCUAGUAACUGCGGAGCUGCCAUGUCACAUCUCAGUAAAAUAUCAAAACUAUACGCAGGAAAGUGCUGGAUCUGUGAGUUCUGUGAAACCGAAAACCCUGUCACCGAUGAUACAGUCGUCCCUACGACAGAAGACAGUACCUACGUCGUAGGACCGGGGUCAGGGGGCGGUGCCGACACACUUGUCAUCUUCUGUGUGGAUGUGUCUGGGAGCAUGGCGGUUACGACAGAGGUAUCUGGGGAAGUGUCUCUGCAAGGCAGGCGUAGCGACGAGCAGGUGGCGCUGCAGGCUUACCAGGAGGAGCUUGAUGCCGCCGAACAGAGGUCUAGGGCCGCCCAACAAGAGGCCCUCAAUGCCCAGAUGCUAGCCAGCUAUCAGGAAACCAUCGAGGACCAGGCCCAAGCCUUGGCCCAGUUCCAGAUUGCAAGAACUGCAUCAACUGCGUCAUCAGUGCAAUUUCCACCUCCUCCGUCACCACUGGAUCAGGCCAUUCCAUCGGCCCCGCCCGGGACGCUACCCCCACCAUCCCGCCAGCCCAGUGCGGCGCCCUCUGUAGCGGGUAGAGUGCAGGGUGAGAGGCAUAGCGAGCUGGAAGAGAGGUACGUCGCUGCACCCCAGAGGUCCUUUGUUGGUUCCCAGAGACAGGCACCUCCAAGGCCGCCGCCUCCAACGUACGCUGCCACUGCCGCUCCAAGACCUGCUCCUCCACCACCUAUGGCUGCACCUGAACCUAAGAAGCAUGUUUCAUAUGUAUCCAGACUCCAAUCAAUGCAGUCGGCCAUACAGCAACAGGUUGACAAACUGCAAGCAGAGAACAGUCACAAGAGAGUCGGACUUGUAGCAUUCAACAACAAUGUGACGGUGAUCGGAGACGGCAGUCUUGAUCCCGUGCCUCUAGAGGGUGCCGGUCUCACCGACAGGGAAAGUCUUAUCAGUCUCGGCCAGAACUUUCCCCUCCCCGGUCCUAUCUCAGAGGUGCAUCGCUAUCUCACUGACAAGAUAUACAGUCUGACAGAGAGUGGACAGACUGCCUUAGGCCCCGCCCUUCUUAUCGCCAUCUCCAUGGCAGCCCAGAAGCCGGGGUCAAAGGUCAUCAUGUGUACAGAUGGAAUGGCAAACAUUGGCUUGGGGACGCUAAACGACAUGGACAACGAUGCAGCCUACGAAGAAGCAGCAAAAUUCUACGACGAGGUCGGCAACUUUGCUCGAGAUUCAGGUGUAUGUGUAUCUGUGCUCACGUUAGAAGGCGAGGACUGUCGAGCUAUUGAGCUAGGUAGUGUAGCGGACAAGACAAGAGGACAGGUGAGCAUUGUCAAGCCAAAUGACCUCAACCAGCAGUUUGCAGACAUUCUAGCCGACCCAGUCCUCGCUACCAAUGUAUCGGCCAGGAUGGUGCUUCACAAAGGCCUGUUCUUUAGGGAUAGUGAGAAUGAUAGCUCACGGAGCCAAGCGACCCACAAUGUUGGACUUGUGACUGCUGACUCAGAAACUACAUUUGAAUUUGGAGUGAGGAGAAAAGAAGUGAUUUAUGAUAACUAUGGCGGAACUACAGUGGUGGAGAGAGUCGAAGAUGAGCCGAUCUAUGAGAGCGUCGCACAGACUAUGAUAGAGGGACUAGAGAGGCUACCAUUCCAGGUCCAGAUCCGAUACACAGGCCGUGAUGGUCUUGACUACCAGAGGAUUCUCACCAUGGAUAGACCAGUUACCAAGGAUAGAAAGUUUGCCGAACAAAAUGCUAAUGUUGGUGUAAUUGGAGCACACGCGGCUCAGUCUGCGGCCAAGUUAGCUGUAGAAGGUGCCUACGCCCAGGCACAAAUCAACGCUGUCAUUACACAGAAGCUUGUACAACGAUGCACGCAACCAGAGGAAGGUCAGGAGCAGGAGGGUAUCUAUCAGACGUUCCUUGCCAACAUGGCUCCAAUCCACUCUGAAAUCACGCGGGCUCAUCAGCAAGAGUGGGAUGCUGGUGAAUAUAUGGAGCUUGAAAAACGGAGCGAAGAAGAGAGCGAUGAUGAUGAUGUUCCGUUGGUCACCAAGAACAAAAAGAUUAGUAAGAAGAUGAAGAAUCGUCGCAAGAAUGUGUCGGACCGACAAGCCAGUGUCUUCUACCGGAUGAAGGGCGCCACCACGAAGAUGUUCAACAAGCAGGCCUACAGUAUGUCAGAGAUGGUGUAGUUUGAACCUGCUGGGAAAGGUUCCUGUGUAGUACAUUGGGAGACUUUCACAUAUGUAGUGAAAGUAGCUCUAUUAGCAUAUCAGAUGUGACGUUUGGGCCUGCUG